CGACGUGAUGCUACCGACUCUCUCUCAACUCCCAUUACACCAAGGAAUCGUUAGAGACAAAUCUACAGACUUGUCUGCAUAUAUCAGUUUCCUAAGAGAAAACUGCUGCCUUCCAUACUGUUCUGAGUGUCUUCUUGGAUAUACCCGUGCCCAGGAGCCCCUCAGCGAACCCUUCCAGAAACUUCUGAAUCUGAUAAGGUCCCCACCUUUCAUCAAUAUACUAUUGAUCUUUAACGAUAGACUUAUUAUAUUUUAAUCACCUUUAGACCUUCCAUUCAAUGCUCAUCCCUCAGUCGAUCACACAGCAGUUGGCAUGGACCUCCGUGGUUGCGUACCUCGGAAUGUUCCAGUUCGGGUUCCAUCUCGGCGAGUUGAAUGCACCACAGGGGGUUAUAUCAUGCAAAGUGUACAUUCCCGGGCCUUUGCCAUCAUAUGAGAAUACUUUCUGGGGUGCUCACGGCUUCAAGACAUGCAUUCCGAUGGACGACCAGGAGAUCGCGCUAGUCACGACAAUGUUCACGGUCGGGGGGCUAGUGGGGUCUCUUUACUCGGGAAAACUUUCAGACAUGAUUGGCCGAAAGCGCACGGCCAAGAUUAAUGCGGGUCUCUUUGUGGUUGGGGCCUUUCUCAUGACCGUUGCUAACUCGAAAGAGGUAUUUUUGGUGGCGCGCUUCGUCAACGGCUUGGCGGCGGGCUCCUCCAUCGUGGUGACCCCGAUAUUCAUCAACGAGGUAACUCCGUAUAACCACCGCGGGCUCUUGGGUGCUCUUACUCAGCUUGCAGUCUCGGUGGGACUAGUGGCGGUUAUGACGUUGGGUUUUAUCUGGACAAACGUCCAGCAAUGGCGCAACGUCUUUGCAGCUGCCGUGGUCAUUGCGGCCGUCACGUUUUUGGCUAUUUUCUCCACUGUCGAGUCCCCAAAGUGGUUAAUUGCGUCCAAAGACGACGUUCCAAAGGCCACCAACAUUCUCAACUCCUUACGGUCCCAUCGUGGAAGCGUGCACGAGGAGAUUCUGAACUGGCGGAGGAUGUCCCGAAGCCAGUCUACCGUGUCACUCCCAUCAUUCAGAGAACAGUCCAGAGGGAAUGAAGAAGCGAUUGAGGACGAAACCUCACGUCUUUUAACCUCUGAUUCCAAUGAUGUCACUUCGUGGCAAUUCAUCACGGCUAAGCGAUACCGAUCGGAGUUCAUUGCGAUUGCGAUCAUCAUGACCGGCCAGCAGCUCACUGGGAUCAACGCCCUCACAUAUUACGGUGUUUCUAUCUUGCGUGAAGUAGUUCCAGACAACGUGUUGACCCUCACGGUGGCGCUCUCACUCACUAGUACCGUUUCGUUUGGCCUUAUUUCCCCGGUGGUGGACCGCGUGGGUCGUAAGACGCUUCUCCUCCUUUCGCUCUCCAUUAUGACCAUCGCGGUUGGUGGCAUGGCGGUUGCCUUGACCCAGGAUGGAAACCAUGCGGUUUUGUGCGUCGUCUCUUGCUUUUUGCUUCUGAUCGGGUUCGCCUGUGGUUUGGGACCGAUUCCGUUCUUGAUGAUCAGCGAGAUGGCACAGCAUGACUCCGUGGGGCCUGCCCAAUCGGUGGGCUCGAUUCUCAAUUGGUGUUCCAACAUCGUGCUCGCAUACACGUUUCCCAUCGUGCGGGAAGUUCUUAGCGGAUAUGUAUUUGCGGUGCUUGCCGUGACGUGUGUCCUUUACGCGUUUUUGAUUGCGUGGAAAGUACCAGAAACGAGGAACAAGAUGACUUAUGAGGAGUUCGUCGUCCUUGCCGCUGCCUCUGCCGCUACUGUUUCCGCUGCUAACGCCACCAACUCCACCUCUUCCUCCUCUAAGGCUGGUGCCAACGGUGCUGUUGCCGUCUCCGGUUCUUUGAUCGGUGCCGCCGUUGCUGGUGGUCUUGCCUUGUUCUUGUAAGAUAUCUGGUCAUGUUUUCUUGGAUAUUAAUCCAGUGCAUCCUUAUCUUCUAAUUUUCCAAUUCAACAAAAUAUGAAGACAAACGGUCAAUCCCUACUAUAUUGUCGAGCUCGGCAUUUUUGCCCGGCCUCGGUCACGGGAUUCGUCCCCCCCUUCACUUUUGGUGUUCUGUAUAACAAGCCUAAUCCUCUAAUUAAUUUUUUUCCUGCUGUUUUUUAUAUUUAAAAUG